GCUACACUUUGACAUUGCAACAAAAUAACGUGCAGUAUCUCAACACUGCAACAUUGGAGCCGUCCUAUUAUGCCUGCUCCGCGGUCCUUGCAGGAAGUAAAAUUUAUUUCAAUGCUGCACAGGCUUCGUUGUAUCUGACAGCUUUCUCACGCUGUAUUCGGCAGAUUUUAGUAGAAACUAACAUACCUUGUAUUUCGCCUAAUUAUUUUACGUUUUUGUUCGUUGCUUGCAAAGCAUUAAAUUGAUACGCUCUUCGAGGACCUUGACGCAUCGCUUCCAUUCAGCCAUUGAACUGGGAAGAGUAGGGUCCAUACUGUUGUGAUUUUAGUACGACCUAUAUGUGAUUUUAUAGGUUACAAUGUUGAUAUUUAACGUAUAUUAGGAAUCAUUCUGCGGUGUAAGGUGAAACUCUUCGCUCGACUGGUGUCGUCGGUAAAGAGCAGGGCCAUAAUGUCUGGAGCGGCCGGUGGAGGAGGAGGCUCCUCCUGUCUGGGCGCAGCAGCGGCAGCCAGUUGCAGCUCGGCCGGCUCUCCCUACGCCGCUGCAGCCGGCGGAGGCGCAGGGGUGGCCGGGAGGCUACCAGCUCGGGUCUUGGAGCAUAUUUUCUGCUACUUGGAGCUCUCCGACUUGAUGCGCUGCUCGUUGGUGUGCUGGCACUGGAGCAACAUUUUGGCGGAUGAAAACAGCGAGGUGUGGCGCAGCCUCUGCAACCGGACUCUGAGCGAGGAAGCUUUGCGGUCUGACAUCCUGUGCAACCUGCCCACCUACAAGGGGAAACUGAAGGCCUAUCAACACGGUCUGAGCUCCCACGACUGCUCCCGUAAUGUUUAUGUGAAGAAGAACGGCUUCACCCUGCACCGUAACCCCAUCGCCCAGAGCACAGAUGGCGCACGUGGCAAGAUUGGCUUUUCGGAAGGGAGGCACGCCUGGGAGAUCUGGUGGGAAGGCCCUCUUGGCACGGUGGCGGUGAUAGGCAUUGCCACGAAGCGGGCGUCCAUGCAGUGCCAGGGAUACGUGGCCCUGCUGGGAAGCGAUGACCAGAGUUGGGGCUGGAACUUGGUUGACAACAAUCUGCUUCACAACGGGGAGGUCAAUGGAAAUUUCCCACAGUGUAACAAUGCGCCAAAAUAUCAGAUCGGAGAGAGAAUACGAGUAAUUCUGGACAUGGAUGACAAGACGUUAGCCUUCGAGAGGGGUUUUGAGUUUCUUGGAGUAGCGUUUCGUGGACUGCCCAAAGCCUGCCUGUUUCCUGCUGUCUCUGCAGUAUACGGCAACACUGAAGUCACCAUGGUGUACCUGGGAAAACCUCUGGAUGGCUAGAAGCAGAUUAACCUGUGCCACCAUUAAAACUAGGCCACUGGCAAGUGCCGGACUCUUUCUACAGUCAACAGACUGACGACCCUGUUUGUUGCACCGUUUCAAAAGGUUUUUGGAGGCCGAGUUGUCGCGUUUCUUCCAAGCAGAAUAACUCUGUUCACAUACACAAAGAGAGCUGUUGUCACUUCAACCACAGCUCGACAUGAGGUGUCAGUUUUUGGACAAACUACAGGGAAAAAGGAGUGCGUGGAAACUGUCAUACACAUGUUUCUGUAUCAACGUGGCAGUGUCCACUUUUACAGUUUAGCUGCUGGACUAUUUUAUUUACAGGAUAGGGGAACAUUAUUUAAUUCCAUGCGAUUCAGCCUAACAGUGCUGAACAUUAACAUGAGGUUUUAUGUGUGCUUGAACGAGGCCAAAACUAUUCCAAACAGUGGCAAAUACUUUAAGACAUCAUUUUAACAAGUGGUAAACAGUAGUUGUUCUUAAUAGCUAUCUGUUGUAUGAGUUAAACACAUCCUGGAUUAACACAGUUGACUGGAUUAUAAUGGUUAUAUGCCAAAUUAAUGUGACCUGAUGUUAUAUUUUGCAAUAGAAAACAUGCGGACCAACUGUCAUGCAUGUGCAUGAAUACUGGCGUGUGGACUAUAACAUCUGCCAUUUUUAAAAGCCCUGUCCUGGAACGGUGGAAAAUGUACCUGUAUCAUGUUAAUGUGUGUCCUUUUUAAUGUGCUAAUGUAGUAUUACACACUAUUUAUUUCUUGGUUUUAUCUAUGGUACUAUAGAUACUGUAUGGUUAUGAGGCCUGAAAAUAAAGUCUACAUGGUGCCACUCUUAGAUUAAAGACGCUUUGAUGCUC